AUGUCUCAUGCAGCAACUUUAACCAGUGACAGCAUCAGUGAAUUCAAUCAUGACUAUGUAUUUGUGACACCUGUCAAAGUGGAUUCCAGUGGAUCAUACAUUUCACAUGAUGUUUUGCACAGUACUAGGAGAAAGAGAUCAACUCAGAAUUCAAAGAGUUCCUUGCACUACAAAUUUUCAGCAUUUGGACAGGAACUUCACUUAGAACUCAAACCUUCGACCAUUUUAAGCAACAGUUUUAUUGUCCAGGUACUCGGGAAAGAUGGAGUCUCAAAUUCUCAGGAACAUGAAAUUGAGCAGUGUUUCUACCAGGGAUUUAUAAGGAAUGAUAGCACCUCUUCGGUAGCAAUAUCUACAUGUGUAGGCUUGUCAGGUUUGAUAAGGACACGGAAGAUCGAAUUCCUUAUAUCUCCAUUACCUCAGCAGCUAGCACAGGAGCACAACUACACAUCACCUGCUGGACACCAUCCUCAUGUAUUAUAUAAACGAACUGCAGAAGAGAAGGUGCACCGGUACACAGUAGAGUCCAAUUCCAAAUACUUUUCUUUUGGUCAUCACAGAAUUCACACUUCCUACAAGUACCAUGCUCAAGCGAAUGGUUACCACCAUGGAAGGUUUCAAAAGCAACAUUUUUGUGGACGUCGCAAGAAAUAUGCACCUAAGCCACCCACAGAAGAGACAUACAUUCGCUCAGAUGAAUAUGGGACUUCUGCAAGGUUCAAAAGAUCGUCUGCGAAAAUUCAGAAAAAUGGAAGUCUAAAUGUUGAAACCCUUGUUGUGGCAGAUAAAAAAAUGUUGGAGAAACAUGGCAAGGAAAACGUAACAACAUACAUCUUAACAGUUAUGAAUAUGGUCUCUAGUCUGUUUAAAGAUGGAACAAUUGGAAGUGAUAUAAACAUUAUUGUUGUGAGCCUUCUUCUUUUGGAACAAGAGCCUGGAGGAUUACUGAUUAACCACCAUGCGGACCAGUCACUGAACAGCUUUUGUCAAUGGCAGUCUGCUCUGGUUGGGAAGAAUGGAAAGCGCCAUGACCAUGCCAUCUUGCUUACGGGUUUUGAUAUCUGCUCUUGGAAAAAUGAGCCCUGUGAUACUUUAGGAUUUGCACCAAUCAGUGGCAUGUGCAGCAAAUAUCGUAGUUGCACCAUUAAUGAAGAUACAGGCCUUGGACUGGCUUUUACAAUUGCUCAUGAAUCUGGACACAACUUUGGUAUGAUUCAUGAUGGAGAAGGAAAUCCUUGUAGAAAAGCGGAGGGUAAUAUAAUGUCUCCCACACUCACAGGAAACAACGGAGUGUUUUCUUGGUCUGUAUGCAGCAGGCAGUAUCUCAACAAAUUUCUCAG